AUGUCCUGGAGUCCGCAGCCUGAGCCUCUGGGCCAGCUGGCGCAGUUCCUCAAGGAGUCGCUCAACCCUCGCGACAAGACUGCGCAAAAGAACGCUGAGCUGGUGAGCUACUAUGUGUUCGGCAUACGACCCACUGGAGCUGACGAUCUCUGUCCAGNNGCACUCAAGAAUGCUGGCGCCAACCCAGAUAUCAACAACUACCUCGCCUACCUGUGUAUCAGCCCCGAAGUUCCCGCCGCUUUGUCCAACGAUGACUACUUUGUCGCCAGAAGUGCGGCUGCCGUCAUGCUCAAGAACAAUGUAAAGACAUCGUACAAGACCAUGGCCGAACCCAACAAGGACUACCUCCGUUCGACCAUCCUUCAGGGCCUUCAAGACCAGGACAAGCGCAUCAGAAGCUACGCCGGCAACGUAGUCACCGAGAUCGUGCGCCAGGGUGGCAUCUUGGGAUGGCCCCAGGUCCUCUCCGAAUUGAUCACCUUGGUCGAGAACCGUAAUGGCAACAUCGCAUCGCACAUUCAAGAUGGAGCCAUGGGCGCAUUACUCAAGAUCUGCGAAGACCACAAGAAGGCUCUCAACCGAGUCUACGACGGACAGCGCCCCCUGGAUUUCCUGAUCCCCAAACUUAUCGAGUUUACCGCUAGCCCCACAUCACAAGUUCGCUCAAAAGCGCUAGGUACGCUGAACUUUUUCGUCGACGAUCCGAUGCCGCAGGCCAUGCAAGACAAUGUCGAGAAGUUCCUGGUUCAACUCUUCACACUGGCCCAGAACGAUCAAGAUGAAGAAGUCCGAAGAUUCAUCUGCCGCUCCUUCACGAAACUGGCCAGCAACACCCCUGCCCUGGUCAUGCCGCAUUUGAGUGGUAUCAUCGAUUACGUCUUGGUCCAGCAAAAGAGUGAUCCCGAGUCUGAUCUGGCCCUGGAUGCUGCUGAGUUCUUCUUUGAGAAUUGUGAGAUUGAGGAGUUACAAGAUGGUUUCAACCAACAUCUUGACAAGAUUGUACCGGUUCUUCUGGAGAGCAUGAUCUACAGCCAGGAUGACCAAGCAAAGCUGGAAGCCGAAGCAGAGGAAGAUGCCGAAAAGGAAGACAAGGAAGAAGAUAUCAAGCCCCAGUUCGCUAGCGCAAAGGAGAAGGGAAUUGCAGUGAAUCCCGACGAAUUUGCGAACGGCAACGGUUACGCUUACGACGAUGACGAACUCAGCGACGGCGAACUCGAAGAUGAGGACUACGGCGAGGAUCCUGAAGAAAUGUGGAAUCUCAGAAAAUGCUCAGCAGCUGCUCUGGAUACAUUUGCCACACGUUUCCACGAGCGCGUCUUCGAGUUCACUCUGCCCUAUCUAAAGGACAACCUCAACCACUCAGAGUGGCCUAACCGAGAAGCCGCUGUGCUCGCCCUGGGUGCCAUCUCUGUUGGCUGUAUGGAAACCGUCCAGCCAAGUCUUCCGGAUCUGGUUCCUUUCUUGAUCUCUCUGCUCACAGACUCGCAACCCGUCGUAAGGCAGAUCACCUGCUGGGCACUUGGCCGUUAUUCCUCCUGGGCCUCUCAUCUGGACGAGGCUGGCAAGCGCCAGUUCUUUGAGCCCAUGAUGGAGGGCAUCUUGUUCCGUAUGUUGGACAACAACAAGCGUGUACAGGAGGCCGCAGCUUCUGCCUUUGCCAACCUCGAAGACCAAGCGACCCGUGAGAUCACACCCUACUGUGUAAUCAUUGCGCAGCAGUUCGUCAGAUGCUUUGGCAAAUAUAAGGAUAAGAACAUGUACAUUCUGUACGAUUGUGUUCAGACUUUGGCAGAGCACGUCGGUCCCGAUAUGGCACAGCCAGCUAUUGUCGACCUGCUCAUGCCUGCGCUCAUCCAACGUUGGACCACGGUUUCCGACAAAUCGCGGGAGAUGUUCCCUCUGCUGGAGUGCCUGGCAUACAUUGCUACUGCUCUUGGUGAGGCCUUUGCUCCUUACGCCAAGCCCUUCUUCUCGCGUUGCAUCAAGAUUAUCCAGGACAACUUGGAAGAAGGCAACCUUGCAGCUUCACAAGCAUACAUGGACACACCCGACAAGGACUUCCUUGUUACCAGCUUGGAUCUGCUUAGUGCCAUCAUCCAGGCACUAGACGAGGCUAGAGCAAGCGAGCUCAUCGCAACCGCCAAUCCCAAUUUCUUCGAGCUACUUGCCUACUGCAUGAGAGAUAGCAACAACGACGUCAAACAGUCUGCAUAUGCUUUACUUGGUGACUGCGCCAUUUACGUAUUUGCUCAAAUGCAGCCUUACCUGGACUCCAUCAUGCGUAUUCUCAGCAUGCAGCUCGACUUGACUGAGGCGCUCCGCGAUACUGACCCAAUGCUCAAAGAGACUGCAUUCAGAGUGAUUAACAAUGCCUGCUGGUCUGUUGGAGAGAUCGCAAUGCGUCAUCAAGCUGGCAUGGAUCCCUACGUCGAGGAUCUAUUGCAGAAACUCGGCAUGAUCCUCUUCAGUCAGCAAGUUCCUGAGUCGCUAAACCAGAACGCGGCAAUCGCACUGGGCCGCAUGGGUCUGGGUAACGACCAGAAGAUCGCGCCCCAUCUUGCCCAAUUCGCUCCCGCUUUCCUGACUGUUAUGCAAUCUGUUGAGUGGACCGACGAGAAGUUGGAUGCAUUCAGAGGUUUCGUUCAAAUUGUGUUGGAUAACCCACAGGCACUCGAGCAAUGCUUGCUCGCUUUCUUCGCAGCAAUUGCAAGCGUGCCGGCCGACUCGCGCAAGGUUCCUGUAUCCCAAAGCAAGAGACCAUUCGAAGGAUUCCACAAGGCUCUCCAGGCAUACAAGAAUAUGAUCCCCGACUUUGAUGGUUUCAUUAACCAUCUGCCCCAAGAGCAGCAGUACGAGCUCAGACAAAACUACAGCCUGUAA